AUGGAUAAGGUCAUUGCUUUUGUGUAUUCUGAAGGUAGAGUUUUCAAUGGCAACCAAGGUGUCAUUUUUGAAGGUCAAGCUAGGCCCAUGCAUCUCAAAUGCAACAUCACAUUCGACCGCUUGAAGAGGAAAAUCCAUGAGAAGUUGAAGCUCCAAAGAAACCAAAUAAUUUCUAGAGUCAUUUGCAGAUUUAUGACUAACUCAAAUCCCAUCUUUUUUUCACCUCUUGAGCUAGUUGAUACUCAAGACGUGAAUUUCAUGAUGGAUGGAUUUCGUCAGCAGUCUUUUAUGACAACGCUCGAGUUAUACGUUGAUAUUGCUGAAGCUGGAAGUUCAUCAAUACCGGCCUCAACCAAUCCGAUAAGUGCGCAGCAGGCAUUCGCUCAUGAAGCCGGUGGUAGCUGUGGCGUUGAGGAGGCUGUUCAUUUGGGUGAUGACACAGUGAAUUUGGAUGACGAUUAUGACUACCAUGACACUGAUAAUGUGGAUGGUGAGGAGAUUUUAUCUUUAGAUGAUCAUGAUGAAGAUGAAAGAUUGGGUCACAGAGGUGACUCGUCCGACUCGGACGAGGGUGGCUCUGACGGUAAUCCCGGACCUCCUAUUGGAUUACCGACGCCGGUGAAUGUUUCUCCUGAAACGUAUGGCGUCCCAACCUCAUUUUGGAAUGAGUCUCCACACUAUUCAUAUAUUAACUGGGAACACCCCGAUGAAGAGACCGAUUUCUAUGCUGGCGGGGAUGAUCAGACAUCGUGGCAGCUAGAGAUGGUACGUACCCAACCUACUGUACCUGUUUCUCUUAUUCAAGAGAGGAUCACUGGUGUGCUCAGGUAUAAAGUAUCGUACUUUAAAGCCUGGAAAGCGAAGCAUAGAGCGGUUGCACAGAUCUUUGGUGAUUGGGAAGAGUCAUAUGACUUGCUCCCUAGAUGGCUGAAUUAUAUGCUUCGGUUUUCCCCUGGGUCCUAUUACGCAGUAUCCACGAGUGACAUUAUCGACUGUAAUGGUUCGAAGACAUUUAAACGUGUGUUUUGGACCUUCAAACAAUGUUGUGAUGCUUUCGAGUACUGCAGACCUGUGAUACAGAUUGAUGGGACAUGGCUCUACGGCAAGUAUAGUGGAACUUUACUCAUCGCAACAACACAGGACGGGAACAACAAUGUUUUGCCAAUUGCAUUUGCAAUUGUCGAGGGGGAAAAUCUGAGCUCCUGGUCAUGGUUUCUACGUUUGAUACGUAUGAAGGUCACCCAAAACCAGGGUAUAUGUUUGAUAUCUGACAAACACGCUGGCAUCAAGGCGACAGUAAGCAAUCCCGCUAACGGGUGGCAACCACCAAACGCUUAUCAUGUUUACUGCAUCUGCCACAUUGCCAGCAAUUUUAAUCGUACGUUCAAGAAUCAGAAGCACAAGCUUGACCUGAUCAAUAUGGGUGACGAGCCUUGUCCAUAUCUUUUUCAGAGACAACUCCGUCGGUUUCGAGGAAUAAGUCCAGCUAUCCGAGAUUGGAUUGACCGCAUCGACAAUCAGACAUGGAGUCCUGCGAUGAGGGUGGGUGUCGAUAUGGCCAUAUGA